AUGGCUUUCCUCGGCAGCAAGCUGGACAGGUGUUUGCCAGCCCAUGUGCCAGAUGCGAGUCAGUAUGCGCAUUAUGUGUUCAACACCAUCAAACAUAAUCAGACGGGCAAAAUUAGUUUUGAGGACUUCCUUGGCAUCCUGUCGAAGGUGUCGAGAGGCAGCGUGCAGGAGAAGCUGCAGUGGAUCUUCGGCCUGUACGACCUCAACGGCGACGGGCUCAUCACCAAGAACGAGAUGCUGGACGUGGUCUCCUCCAUCUACGAGAUGCUGGGUCGCGCCACCGACCCGGUCGUCGAGGAAAACUCCGCCAAGGAGCACGUCGAGAAGAUAUUCCACGUACGUACUCACAGUCGCCAGCUUGCUGUUUUAAUCCCGACGACACAAUGGUAUUAUCGUUUCGUCAUUCCUCGGCUGGAUUGA